CGCGAAAUUUGACGAGUGGUUUGACCAGAACUCUGACCUGAUUCGGAUGAUUAACGAGCCGACACAAAGCGAAAAAGUAGUGAAAAACUUUCAAGUUGAUGAGGAAGUUCUCGCUAAAUGGACGGGUUCAAAGUUCUAUCCGGCAACAAUAAUCGAGAUACAAAACGAUUUCUGCGAGGUGCUUUUCGAAGAUGGCUACCAAAAGAAAGUCAAGUUGUCUGCACUGAAGAAGAUUCCAGCCGACUACGAAAGGGCCCAACUGCCAUCAGAUUCGGAGGAGGAACAGUCAGAGUACUUUUCUGUAAAUCCUAGCAAUCUCAGUACCUUUGCCUGUAAUAUUUGUAGUAAAGUCUUUCGUAAAGAGAGAUUUCUUCUUCAACACAUUAAGAACUAUCAUUCUAAGGAGGAGAAGAAAAGUGAACGUCAGCCAAGUUCAUCAAGUCAUCAUCGUGGACAGCGUAAGCAGCAGGGACAACGCAAUGCUGUAUCGUCUACUACCGCCAGCAC